CAAUUACUUGGCUCCACGUCUUGGGGUAACUACCUCCCAAGGUACGGAGUACUACUCCAUAUUCCAUCUUGGCUCGUAUUCUCUAUUGAUCUUGGCUGAAGCCCCAGUCACAGACAGGGUGGUCACACGGUCGUCACAGAGAAUGCCUAGGCGUCGCUCGAAGCUUACCACAGUAAUCAACGAGACAUCAGCACGCUGUCACAUCACCAGUGUGGUUUUGUUCUCACAGUCCCUUCCUGGGAAGUCUUCGCGACCUCAUCAAAACUCCGAUCUCAUUUUCAGCUCAUGCCACCAUACUCGGUAAUGGCAUCGCAAAAGCUUCACGACGUUCUCGGUCCUCCGAUAGAGGAUGCUACAGAAGAAACCUUUGCACUGUUCAGUCAAGACAUUCCCAGCAAUAAUCUUGGCUUCAUGGAUUCCAAGCGGGAUGUCAUUGAGAUCGAGGUCUCUGGCCACGAAUAUGAAUUGCAACAAUCCCCUGGCCUGCUGACUUCUAACCGAAAGGGAGGCACUACUGGGGCGGUACUUUGGAAAGUGACACCGUUGCUGGCUACGUGGCUGUCGUCUUUUCCUGUCCUCUUGUCCGGACUCGACGUGCUACAUGCAGAUGCGACUGUGGUUGAAUUGGGUUGUGGAUUGGCUGGUCUUGUUGGCCUUGUACUUUCUCGUCACGUCAAAAGCUACGUGCUCACUGACCAGGAAUAUGUCAUGAAGUAUCUGAGGGAGAAUAUAUCGGCCAAUACGUCUACCAGCAAGCACCACUCGAAGCCCACGAAAAGAAAAGGCAACUCCAACCUACUGGACGACCGUCUGAAGACCAUGCCACUUGACUGGGAAACCGACAGUGCUCAAAAUCUGAAUUCGGUCAUUGCACUCGAAGACUCGAUCGACCUGCUACUCCUCUGCGAUUGUGUCUACAACGAUUAUCUUGUCGAGCCGCUUGUCCAGAUGUGUGCGGACAUCUGCCGAUUGAGGCCAUCGAGUCCCAAGGCCACUGUAGUAUUGGUGGCUCAACAGCUUCGCUCUGACUCGAACUUUGAGUUGUUCUUGGACAGACUGAUGCAGGAAUUCCACGUAUGGCGCACACCUGACGAGAGGAUCUCCGCCGAGUUGCGCUCGACUUCGGGCUACGUUGUUCAUCUUGCCACAUUGAAGGCGGUCAGCGACAGGUAGAAUAGAUUGAUCAUAGAAAUAAUCCUCCUC